GGGGGGCUGCGGGCGGCGCGUGGGGUCCCGGCUCGGCGAUGCGGGUGCACCUGGGAGCGCUGGCCGGCGCGGCGUCGCUGAGCGGGGCGCUCAGCUUUGUGCUCCUGGCGGCCGCCAUCGGCACGGACUUCUGGUACAUCAUUGACACAGAGCGGCUGCAGCGGAGCAGCCCGGGGGCGUGGGACCCGGCAGGGGCCUCCAACCGCAGCCAGCUCGAACCUCUGAGCUCGCACUCCGGCCUCUGGCGGACCUGCCGGGUCCAGAGCCCGUGCGCGCCGCUGAUGAACCCCUUCUGGCAGGAGAACGUGACCUUCAGCGACUCGAGCCGACAACUUCUCACCAUGCAUGGGACGUUUGUGAUUCUGCUGCCCCUCAGCCUCAUCCUGAUGGUUUUUGGGGGGAUGACAGGGUUUCUGAGCUUCCUCCUGCGAGCCUCCCUCCUUCUCCUGCUCACGGGGACCCUCUUCCUCUUUGGAGCCUUGGUGACCCUCGCGGGCAUCAGCGUCUACAUCGCGUAUUCAGCCGCCGCCUUCCGGGAGGCGCUGUUUCUCCUGGAGGAGAAGGCCCUGCUGGACCAGGUGGACAUCCGCUUCGGCUGGUCCCUGGCCCUGGGCUGGAUCAGCUUCAUCGCCGAGCUGCUCACCGGGGCGGCCUUCCUGGCAGCAGCCCGCGUGCUCAGCCUGAGACGGAGGCAGGACCAGGCCAUCUGAGCCCCGAUGCCUGGUCGUGGUGGGAGGGAGGGACUUGGCGUGGGGGCCUCAUGGACCCAUCUCGGUGGGCUCCUCUUCCUCAAAGGCCACCACCUGAGAGCCGCUGUGGACCGGGCUCCAGCCCUGGCUGCUAUCUGAGUGCUGCCUGGCACGGUGUGUGCUCUGUCUAGGCACGUGUGUCUCGUGUGGGCUGGAGGAGGCUGAGUGCCAAACCCAUGAAAAAGCAAAAGCAUCUCCUUCAUCAUGUACAGAACUUACUGAUUGCAACCUCCGUGAGUCUCCUCUGGCUUCCCUUCAUCCUCACUCCUGCCCUUUGGAUGGGUUU